AUGGUUGUUUACAAGCCCCGUGAUCGCUAUAUGUAUUCAGAGACUUACUCCAUGGGUACUAUAAUUACCAACGACAAGUUGCUCUCAGACUCAUACAACCUUAUAGAGGUCAGUGGGGUCGCCUACGAAGUCGACUGCACUAUUAUAGGUUUAACCGAGGGCGGUGUUGAAAUUGGCUAUUUCAAGGUUCUUACUGGCAAACUCAAGGAGACGGGCUGGUCUGAAGAGGGGAUACAACAGUUUGUCAGCGGAGCCGCCAGCUACUCGAAGGACAAGGUCUAUCCUGGUUUCAAGAAUUAUCAGUCCUACACUGGCGAGAGUGGGGAUAUGAACGGCAUGCGCGUAUAA